UUCCCUGGAUCAGGAUCCCAUUUGGAGAGGACUCAAACCACCAGGUUUCUUUGGACCUGCAACAUUGACCCUAAACAAAGUAAUUUGUACUCCAGAUUCCCCUAUAAAAAUGUCCAAACCAUGCCAUUAGGAAAUCAAGUUUUUCCCUAGGGAAUUUCAGGACAGACUCCAGCCUACCAUGGACAUGAACAGGAACAUGGACCUUGGCUAUGAAUAUGAAGGGAUUGAUGAAGAUGAUGUUUUCUAUGCUGAUAUCAGAAGACGGAUUCUGCUUUUGACAGCAGAUGAUGACGAAGAUUGUCAAGAAACAAAAAGCUUCCACCCCGUCUGCUAUGGCAAACCAGGAUCAAACAGAGCAGUUGGUAAUCUAUCUUCUUCGUUACAAUACGGAGGAUAUUUCAGUUCGUGGGAAAGCGAGAACACAGACUCAGUACCAACUUGGCUUGCAAAUCUGUGGAGAAAUGCCAAUGGAACGGGAGUUUUUAUCCCCCAUAUCGUCAAAUCCAGAAGACGCCAUAGGCCAGCUUUGGUACUCAAAAUGGACUGUUCUGCAAUGACAAACAUUGACCUGGUAACCUACAGGAAGGAUGAACAAGAGAGAACUGUACAGGCCAGUAGGGACCAAACAAUCAUGAACAAGCAGAACCGUUAUGCAGGCUCAACAGGCUCGGAAUUGUACAACCUUGUUUUACAAAACUAAGAAACUGUAAAUAACUUUU